AUGAGCUCUUUUUUCUCUCAUUUAACUCACCAUCUGGCCAAUGAGCUUUUUUCUCUCGGUUUAACUUUACAUCUGGCCAAUGAGCACUUUUCUCUCGGUUUAACUCUCCAUCUGGCCAAUGUGCUCUUUUCUCUUGGUUUAACUCUCCAUCUGGCCAAUGUGCUCUUUUCUCUUGGUUUAACUCUCCAUCUGGCCAAUGAGCUCUUUUCUCUCGGUUUAACUCUCCAUCUGGCCAAUGUGCUCUUUUCUCUUAGUUUAACUUUCCAUCUAACCAAUGAGCUCUUUUCUCUCGGUUUAACUCACCAUCUGGCCAAUGAGCUUUUUUCUCUCGCUCUUUUUUCUUGGUUUAACUUCCAUCUAACCAAUGAGCUCUUUUCUCUUGGUUUAACUCUCCAUCUGGCCAAUGAGCUCUUUUCUCUCGGUUUAACUCACCAUCUUUUCUCUCGAUUUAACCACCAUCUGGCCAAUGAGCUUUUUUCUCUCGGUUUAACUUUCCAUCUGGCCAAUGUGCUCUUUUCUCUUGGUUUAACUCUCCAUCUGGCCAAUGUGCUCUUUUCUCUUGGUUUAACUCUCCAUCAGGCCAAUGUGCUCUUUUCUCUUGGUUUAACUUUCCAUCUAACCAAUGAGCUCUUUUCUCUCGGUUUAACUCUCCAUCUGGCCAAUGAGCUCUUUUCUCUCGGUUUAACUCUACAUCUGGCCAAUGAUGUAACUCUCCAUCUGGCCAUUGAGCUCUUUUCUCUUGAUUUAACUCUCCAUCUGGCCAAUGUGCUCUAUUCUCUUGGUUUAUCUCUCCAUCUGGCCAAUGUGCUCUUUUCUCUUGGUUUAACUCUCCAUCUGGCCAAUGUGCUCUUUUCUCUUGGUUUAACUUUCCAUCUAACCAAUGAGCUCUUUUCUCUUGGUUUAACUCUCCAUCUGGCCAAUGAGCUCUUUUCUCUCGGUUUAACUCUACAUCUGGCCAAUGAGUUCUUUUCUCUCGAUUUAACUCACCAUCUGGCCAAUGAGCUUUUUUCUCUCGGUUUAACUUUACAUCUGGCCAAUGUGCUCUUUUCUCUUGGUUUAACUCUCCAUCUGGCCAAUGUGCUCUUUUCUCUUGGUUUAACUCUCCAUCAGGCCAAUGUGCUCUUUUCUUUUUUUGUAACUCUCCAUCUAGCCAUUGAGUUCUUUUCUCUUGUUUUAACUCUCCAUCUGGCCAAUGUGCUCUUUUCUCUUGAUUUAACUCUCCAUCUGGCCAAUGUGCUCUUUUCUCUUAGUUUAACCCUCCAUCUGGCCAAUGUGCUCUUUUCUCUUGGUUUAACUUCCCAUCUAACCAAUGAGCUCUUUUCUCUUGGUUUAACUCUCCAUCUGGCCAAUGAGCUCUUUUCUCUCGGUUUAACUCUACAUCUGGCCAAUGAUGUAACUCUCCAUCUGGCCAUUGAGCUCUUUUCUCUUGAUUUAACUCUCCAUCUGGCCAAUGUGCUCUUUUCUCUUGGUUUAACUCUCCAUCUGGCCAAUGUGCUCUUUUCUCUUGGUUUAACUCUCCAUCUGGCCAAUGUGCUCUUUUCUCUUGGUUUAACUUUCCAUCUAACCAAUGAGCUCUUUUCUCUUGGUUUAACUCUCCAUCUGGCCAAUGAGCUCUUUUCUCUCGGUUUAACUCUACAUCUGGCCAAUGUGUUCUUUUCUCUCGGUUUAACUCACCAUCUGGCCAAUCUCUCAAUCUUAUCUCUCAGUGUAACUCUCCAUCUAGCCAUUGAGUUCUUUUCUCUUGAUUUAACUCUCCAUCUCUCCAAUGUGCUCUUUUCUCUUGGUUUAACUCUCCAUCUGGCCAAUGUGCUCUUUUCUCUUGGUUUAACUCUCCAUCUGGCCAAUGUGCUCUUUUCUCUUGGUUUAACUCUCCAUCUGGCCAAUGUGCUCUUUUCUCUUGGUUUAACUUUCCAUCUAACCAAUGAGCUCUUUUCUCUUGGUUUAACUCUCCAUCUGGCCAAUGAGCUCUUUUCUCUCGGUUUAACUCUACAUCUGGCCAAUGAGUUCUUUUCUAUCGAUUUAACUCACCAUCUGGCCAAUGAGCUUUUUUCUCUCGCCAUUGAGCUCUUUUCUCUUGAUUUAACUCUCCAUCUUGCCAAUGUGCUCUUUUCUCUUGGUUUAACUCUCCAUCUGGCCAAUGUGCUCUUUUCUCUUGGUUUAACUCUCCAUCUGGCCAAUGUGCUCUUUUCUCUUGGUUUAACUUUCCAUCUAACCAAUGAGCUCUUUUCUCUUGGUUUAACUCUCCAUCUGGCCAAUGAGCUCUUUUCUCUCGGUUUAACUCUACAUCUGGCCAAUGAGUUCUUUUCUCUCGAUUUAACUCACCAUCUGGCCAAUGAGCUUUUUUCUCUCGGUUUAACUUUACAUCUGGCCAAUGAGCUCUUUUUUUACUCGAUUUAA